UUCUUUUUCCACUUUUAUUAAUACUACAAUCAACUUCGAGUGGCUUUCCAAUAUAUAAAAUUUCAUUACCAAUCUUUUUCUACAUGACAUGUUCUCGUUGGCUUUGUUCUCUUCGAAGACCAGGUAAAUCACGGAAUAAAAAUGAAGAUAGCUUGUAUAGGAAGGCAAACGUAAAUGAAGAAUAUCUAGAAACGUUUAGAACAAAGUCUUAUAUGGAAAUAUGCAACAAAGCACAAGGGCAAUUUGGGAAGACAAUUAGCACUAGAAGACUCUCUUCAUCUUCUCUUCCUAUAUAUAUGAAUCUCACCGAGUGUUUGCUUGAACCUCGAGAAGAAAUCAUAAGAAACAUGACACAAAAUUUGAAGGUGCAUCAUCUUGUAGUAGAUUAUUUCGAAGCUAGCUUAGAAGCAUGUCGUUGUUGUGACACAAUCCUCGAAGGAAUUCACUCAUUGAGACUUUGUUAUAAAAGAAUUACACGAGUUGUUAAGCUAACAAAGAUUAAGGAUAUCUAUAGAGAGCUUGUUUCUUUUUCAUCAUUACAACAAAAAAAUCCAUUGUCAAUUAUUAGCACAAUGCAGUUUCGUGACAUUCACGAUAGGUACAUGGAACUUCUUCAAAGACUAACAUCAAAGAGAGGCAAAAUUAAAAGAAGAUUAACAUUGAUAAGUGUUUGCAAGAAAGUUGGUGGAAUUGCUCUUGUUACUUCACAUGCUGCUAUUCUUAUUGCUUUGUUAGUGAUUUCAAUACAUAGUGUAGUUGGAUUGGUGGCUGCACCAAGUAUUGUAGGGGGAUUAGUUGGUUUGUUCAUAAAGAGAAUCAAAAGAAUAAGGGUUAGGAAAAGCUAUAGUGAAAGAUUAUGGGGACAACUUGAUGCAGCUGCGAAAGGGGUUUUUAUAUUGAUAAAUGAUUUGGAUACAAUGAGUAGGAUGGUGAAGAGGUUGAAUGAUGAAGUGGAACAUAGGAAAACGGUUAUUGAUUUUUUUGUGAAGAAUGAUAGUAAAUGUGAAAUAUUGAAGAGGGUUAUCAGUGAAUUUGGUGAUGAUGAUGAGUGUAGCUUUUUGGAGCAGUUGGAAGAGCUUGAAGAACAUGUUUACUUGUGCUUUCUCACUGUUAAUAAAUCAAGGAGACUUGUUAUGCAACAAAUUACAGAGGAGAGAUCACAACAUUGCUGCUGAUCUUCUUUCGUCAAAUUCUGUUUUUUUCCCCUUCAAUUCUCCUAGACAGAACAUAUGUACAUAGUAAAAAUAAAAAGUAAAAUAUCUAUAGCAGAGGUUAAUUAUUCUUA